AUAGUUUUAUAUCAACUAUGGCUUGUCUUGCCUCACCUGCUGGAUGUGUUCCUUCCAGCCAUGGCCAGCCUGGACAGCGGUACAAAAGGCUGCAUUGUGGUAGAGGACGCAGCCAAAGUCAUCGCCGCUGGUGCAGAUACGAACGCCGCAGAGACCACCACCAGACCCACCCAAACGUUCUCUCCCCCGCUGACGACGACGCUGGCCCGGCCGGCCAAGCCCGACGCCGGCAGCACCGAACUCACGCGCCUUCGGGACCUCAAUAGACGAUACGUCAACAAGAUCGCUCCCAGAGGCUACUGGAACGCCCAGUUCGAAGUGAAGCAGCCCACGUUUAUGAGGUUCAACGUGACGGUGCCGAGGACGGCGCACCUGGCCAUCUUCGGCAGGAGGAACGUGGCCCCGAGCAUCACUCAGUACGACUUUGUCGAGUUCAUCAAGAGCGGUCGGCCAGGGCGGGCCAAGCGCCAAGCCACAUGGACCAAGUCGUUGAGCGAGGCGACGACCCUGGCACCCGAGGCGCUCCACGACGCGAUCCAGGAGUACCCCUUCCUCCACGGCAACCACCUCGACCUCCACCACAACUUCAAGGACGACCUGCAACUCGACCACGCUCUCAAGGACGACCUCGACCACCUGCUUGAGACGGACACCGGGACGGAGGAGUCGACGAGACUGGAGGCGCCGCUGGGGGAGGAGGAGGAGCCAGCGGUGCUGGAGGAGCCACUAGCCCUGCCUUCCGUCAGCCGCGUCAGGAGGUUUGUCCACGAGCACGGCGUCAACGUCAGCCUGGUGGAGUACCUUGACACGGGCACCUGGUACCUGGCCAUCUACAACGAUGGCAUCGACUGGAAGCAGGUAGAGCUGCACCUGGCGGAGGAGCCAGACAUGCAGUCUGCGUGUCCCAACGACUGCAGUAGUCACGGAGCGUGCGCCCUGGGCCGGUGUGAGUGCGUCCAGGGCUGGGUAGGUGACGACUGCUCCAAGAGCGUGUGUCCGGUGCUGUGCAGUAACCACGGGACGUACGGGGGCGGCCUGUGCCACUGUGAGGUCGGCUGGAAGGGACGUGAGUGCGACAUCCCCGAUACCGACUGCGUGGUGCCGGAUUGUCAUGGUCACGGAGCAUGCGUUGAGGGCUCCUGCGUCUGUCAGCCCGGCUGGAAAGGCGACCACUGCCAGACUGUGGAUUGUGUGGAGCCGUUGUGUGGAGGGCGCGGGUGGUGCGUGGAGGGUCGGUGCGUGUGUCGAGCCGGGUGGACCGGUAACAACUGCUCCACCGUGGACCACAAGGUCUUCACCUGUCUUCCGGACUGCUCCUCCCACGGCCACUACGACCUCCACACCUCCGCCUGCGUCUGCGACACCUUCUGGACCGGCCCCGACUGCGCGGAAG